UAUUAUAUAGAUUAGAGAAUUAUAUCAUAUCCCCUUAUAAAAAGGUUCCCAAAACAACCAAGAAAAAACCAGAAUCCAAGUUCAUGGAAAACACAUAAUUAACCUAUAUAUCCUAAAACCCAAUUCUCCAAAUGUCAUCAUAUGACUAACCACCAAAACCAACGAGUCCAUGCUCUUAAUGGCCAAGAUGGCCCAAAACAAUCACAAGUAGUUGUGGUUAUGGUGCCGCUACCAGCACAAGGUCACCUCAACCAGCUCCUCGAACUCUCCAGGCUCAUCCAGUCUUACAGCAUACCGGUCCACCUCGUCGGCACCACCACCCACAACACCCAGGCCAAGCUACGCGUUAAUGGGUGGGAUGUACGCGCCAUCACUAAUAUCCAUUUCCAUGACUUUGAAAUCCCUCCUUUUGCUUCCCCUACUCCCAACCCAAAUGCUAAGAACAAGUUCCCUGCUCAUUUGAUACCUGCUUUCAAACAUGCCUCAUCUCAUCUUCGAGAGCCUGUGUCUGUGCUUCUGCGUUCACUUUCGAGCAAAGCAAGAAAAGUCAUAGUUAUCCAUGAUUCUCUCAUGGCGUCUGUUAUACAAGAAGUUCAAUUAAUUUCCAACGCAGAGUCCUACAAUUUCCAUAGCGUAUCUGCUUUUACCAUGUGCUUGUAUCAACGGGAAAGAAUGGGGAGACAUAAUAUUCAUGAAAAUGGGGUGAUCCCAGAAGAAAUUCCCACUCUUGAAGGGUGCUUCACUGAUGAGUUCUCUGAUUUUAUUGAUUCUCAAUAUCAGUUCCAUAAGCUCGAUUCAGGGCGUGUAUACAACACAUGCAGAUUGAUAGAAGGUGCUUUCAUGGACUUGGUCGAGAAAGAACAGAAUGAAACAACAGAGGGAAGUACUAAGAAGAAGCAUUGGGCUUUAGGGCCUUUUAAUCCAGUAAUUAUACCUGCAGAGAGAAAAGGCUCAGAUGGAAAACAUUUUUGCUUGGAAUGGCUGGACAAACAAGCAAGAAACUCAGUGAUUUACGUGUCUUUUGGUACUACAACAGCCAUGAACAACGAACAAAUCGAGCAGCUAGCAAUUGGGUUGAAGCAAAGUGGCCAAAAGUUCAUUUGGGUGCUGAGAGAUGCUGACAAAGGAGAUGUUUUCAAAGGAGAAAAUGAAAGAAAAGCUGAGCUCCCAAUAGGGUAUGAGAAUUCAGUGGAUGGCGUGGGAUUGGUGUUGAGAGAUUGGGUGCCCCAACUGGAGAUUUUAUCCCACCCAGCAACAGGAGGUUUUAUGAGCCACUGUGGGUGGAAUUCUUGCAUGGAAAGCAUCACCAUGGGAGUGCCAAUUGCAGCUUGGCCAAUGCAUUCAGAUCAACCAAGAAACGCAGUCCUAAUAACAGAGUUGCUUAAGAUUGGUGUUACUGUUAAGGAAUGGGCGCGCAGAGAUGAGAUUGUCACAGCAAAGAUGGUUGAAAGUUCUGUAAAGAGGCUAAUGGCUUCAGACGAAGGAGAUGGAAUGAAAAAGAGAGCAGCAGAACUGGGUGAGUCUGUCCGGCUAUCAAUGGCUGAAGGUGGAGCUUCUCGCAUGGAGAUAGAUUCUUUCAUUGCCCAUAUCUCAAGUUAUUAAGCUUAAUUAGCUAGUUUUGUUAAAAGUUUAUCAUAUUUUAUAUUUCAGCUCCAAUCAGAUUUUUAAAGUGUGUGGCUGUGUGCUCAUUUUUUCUUUCUUUUGGGAAAUAAUUUAAAAUCUUUGAUCUUGUGUCAAACAUGUAUUUAGAUUCACUUUUUAAUUUAAAUUUAUUAAUUCUCAA